CCCCUUCCCCCUCCCCCCUCCCGCCUCCCCCUCCUCAUCCUCUCAUGGCGAACGCAUUCGCCGGCGCUCCGACGAGCUCAUCGGCCGCUCUCCUCCGCCUCCGGUGACCUCUCCUCCCUCCUUUACGCCCGGAUCUCCGCCUCGGAUCAUUGAUGCGCGUGGUCUCCGCCGCCGAUCUCGCAGCGGAUUGCGAUCGCAAAUGAACGGACCGGGGGCCGAGGACGCUGCCGCGCCGCCACCGCCGCUGCUGGAUUGGAAGUUCUCGCAGGUCUUCGGCGAGCGGACCGCGGGAGAGGAGAUACAGGAAGUUGACAUUAUCUCUGCCAUAGAAUUUGAUAAAUCUGGCAAUCAUCUUGCGACUGGAGACAGAGGAGGCCGUGUCGUUUUAUUUGAGAGGACAGACCUUAAGGAUCGUGUUUGUAGAAGGGAUCUAGAGAAGGCAGAUUGUCCAAUUCGCAGGCAUCCAGAAUUCCACUACAAAACAGAGUUUCAGAGUCAUGAACCAGAGUUUGAUUACCUUAAAAGCUUGGAAAUAGAAGAGAAGAUCAACAAGAUAAGAUGGUGGCAAACAGCCAAUUCUGCAUUGUUCCUUCUCUCCACAAACGACAAAACAAUCAAGUUUUGGAAGGUCCAAGAAAAGAAGGUGAAGAAAGUUUGUGAGAUGAACCUGGAUUCUUCACAAGCUUCAGCAAAUGGUAGCUAUACUGGUUGUAACACUCCUAGUCCGAGAGCAUGCCUGCCAAACGGUGGUUGUUCAGAAAGGCCGUGUGGCUAUUCCAGUGGUGAUAUUUUAUUUCCACUUGGAGGAUUUCCAUCACUUCGCUUGCCUGUGGUGGUUGCAACCCAGGAAACAAGCCUUGUUGCUAAAUGCAGAAGAGUAUACGCUCAUGCGCAUGAUUAUCACAUAAAUUCCAUUUCAAAUAACAGUGAUGCCGAGACUUUCAUAUCAGCUGAUGAUUUGCGGAUUAAUCUUUGGAACCUGGAAGUCAGCGACCAGAGUUUCAACAUUGUUGAUGUGAAGCCUGCAAACAUGGAGGACCUUACUGAGGUUAUAACGUCUGCUGAAUUUCACCCUAUUCAUUGCAACACAUUGGCAUAUAGUAGCUCGAAGGGCUCAAUACGCCUUAUUGAUUUGAGGCAAUCAGCUUUAUGUGACAACCAUUCCCAGCAGUUUGAGGAGCAUGAUGCACCAGGUUCAAGAUCAUUUUUUACUGAGAUUAUUGCUUCAAUUUCAGAUAUCAAGUUCUCAAGGGAUGGAAGGCAUAUUCUUAGCCGUGAUUACAUGACUCUCAAGCUGUGGGACGUAAACAUGAAUGCAGGCCCUGUAGCGACUUUCCAGGUCCAUGAAUAUUUAAGGCCAAAGCUAUGUGAUUUGUAUGAAAAUGACUCUAUUUUUGACAAAUUCGAGUGUUGUUUAAGUGGAGAUGGAUUAAGAGUAGCUACUGGUUCUUACAGCAACCUUUUCCGAGUGUUUGGAUGUGUUCCUGGAAGCAAUGAGGCGACAACUUUGGAAGCAAGUAAAAAUCCUAUGAGGAAACAAGUCCAAAACCCUUCAAGGCCUGCAAGAUCUCUGAGCAACUUGACCCGUGCUGUCAGGAGAGGAACGGACAGCGCAGCAGUUGAUGCCAAUGGGAACUCGCACGACUUUUCUAUGAAGCUGCUCCAUUUGGCGUGGCACCCAACCGAGAAUUCAAUUGCUUGUGCUGCUGCCAACAGCUUGUACAUGUACUAUGCAUAGAGGCGACGGCCAAAAUGCACUUCUCCAUGAAAAAGCUUCUACUUGUACCAUGAUUCUUUUGGGUGCUGCUUCUGGUGAAGGCACUUUGCUUUUCACGCGGCGAACGUGGGAAAUGCAGGAGGCUGUAUCAGUCGGUGGCCAUGUAAACACCCUUUUGGGGAAAGAAAAAGCUAUUAAGAUACACGAGGAAGUAACUUACUACUCUUUCUCAAUGAGAGCUACCUGGUUCUGUUUUCCCCUUUUUUUCCUUUUCUUUUUAGGGGGUCCGAAUAUCGACCAUUUUUGUUGGAAAUGUUCUUUUUAGGUUCAAAAAAAAUAGAUUGUAGCUCUCCUUCAAUCAAAACAGAGAGCAUCCAACGAUAUAUCGUGGAUAAGGAUGAUAUGUAUUUAUUUCGAGAACUGUGGGCUUGUAACGUUGCGACGCGCCUCUUGGGGCUUUCUGAAAAUUAUUAUCUUAUUGUAAUUGUUCAUCUUUCAGACCUUUUCCGUCAUUUGAACUGAAAUUGUUAUCAGCUUCUUUCUA